UAGUGUGAAAUAACAAUUCUUUAUAUAUUGCUUUGAAAUUAAUAUAAAAAUUGUACGAAACAUGUCCACAUCUGAUUCUGAGUCGAGUACAGCAACAACAGUGGAAAAUAUUGAAUUGAACAGUCGGGAAUUCGAUUUAGAAGACGAAGAUCAAUCGUCAUCAAAUGCGCUCCUAAACACCGAUGGCGAUUUUGAGUAUGGCCAAGCUGAAGCGUAUGAAAACGAACCACUUGCAGAUGAAGAGUGGUUAGAAAAGUAUAUUAGAGAAACAGAAGAAGAAAGACGCCAAACAGAAGAGCUCAAACGCAGAAUGCAAAAUGAAGUUCCUCUUGAUUCUUGGUGCCAUUGUGGUAACUGCCGUGUUCCUCUCUUGGUUAAUCCAAAAGAAUGUAGAUGCUGCCACGAAAUUGCCAAUUGCAUGAUUGAAAUGCAAGAUCAUAUGGUGGUAUCCGAAUUAGGAAGGCAGCCAAAAUGCAUAACAGAGCAUCCAGGAUUUGAUGCCAUUUGCCUCAAUCGAUGGGCAUUAAAUUUAGCUGCCAAUCUUUACCAAAGACAAGAUGGAGUUAGAUAUCAUAAAGGAUUCUUGGUGCAAAGGUUUGUUAGAAUUAUUAGUUAAAUGUUUCUGUCUGGGUUAUCUAUGAAU